AUGUUUUCAGGGGUGACAGGAAUCCUCAACAGAGGCCAUAAGAUCAAAGGGACAGUGGUGCUAAUGCGCAAGAAUGUGUUGGACUUCGACUCCAUCGCUAGUGUUACCACUGGAGACGUUGGAGGACUAAUUGGCACCGGCAUCAACGUUAUUGGCUCCACAGUUGACACCCUCACUGCUUUCUUGGGCCGUAGCGUCUCACUCCAGCUCAUUAGUGCUACCAACACUGAUGCAAAUGGAAAAGGGAAAGUUGGUAAGGAUACAUUUUUGGAAGGUAUUAUUGCCUCGUUACCAACCUUGGGAGCAGGGGAAUCUGCAUUCAGCAUUCAUUUUGAAUGGGAUGAUAGCAUGGGAAUUCCUGGUGCAUUUUACAUAAAGAACUAUAUGCAAGUUGAGUUUUUCCUCAAGAGUUUAACUCUUGAAGACAUCCCAAACCAAGGAACCAUCCAUUUUGUAUGCAACUCAUGGGUUUAUAACUCUAAACUUUACAAAAGCCAACGCAUUUUCUUUGCCAACAAGACAUAUCUUCCUAGUGAAACACCAGCUCCACUUGUCAAAUACAGAGAAGAAGAAUUGAAGAAUUUAAGGGGAGAUGGAACAGGAGAGCGCAAGGAAUAUGAUAGAAUCUAUGAUUACGAUGUGUACAAUGAUUUGGGCAAUCCGGAUUUUGGUGAAAAGUAUGUUCGUCCAAUUCUUGGGGGGUCUAGCACCUAUCCCUACCCUCGCAGAGGAAGAACUGGUCGAUAUCCAACAAGGAAAGAUCCGAGAUGUGAGAAACCAGGAGAAGUUUAUGUUCCAAGAGAUGAAAAUUUUGGCCACUUGAAGUCCUCGGACUUUCUUUCAUAUGGAAUAAAAUCUUUGUCUCAAUUAGUCUUACCAGCUUUCGAAUCUGCUAUGAAUUUUACCCCGAAUGAGUUUGAUAGCUUCCAAGAUGUGCGUGACCUCUAUGAAGGUGGAAUUAAGCUGCCUACAGAUGUAAUUAGUACAAUUAGCCCCUUACCAGUGAUCAAAGAACUCUUCCGCACUGAUGGUGAACAAGUGCUCAAGUUUCCAACACCUCACAUCAUUCAAGCGAACAAGUCUGCAUGGAUGACUGAUGAUGAAUUUGCAAGAGAGAUGCUUGCUGGUGUAAAUCCUUGUGUAAUUCGUGGUCUUCAAGAGUUUCCUCCAAAAAGCAAUCUAGAUCCCACUAUCUAUGGUGAUCAAACCAGUAAGAUAAACGCAGAAGACCUUGAGCUAGAUGGGUGCACAUUGAACGAGGCACUUGCUAGUCGAAGGUUAUUUAUCUUAGAUUACCAUGAUGUAUUCAUGCCAUAUCUGAGACGAGUAAAUGAGACUUAUGCCAAGGCUUAUGCCACAAGGACCAUCCUUUUUUUAAAAAAGAAUGGGAGUUUAAAGCCAGUGGCCAUUGAAUUAAGUUUGCCACAUCCUGAUGGAGAUCAAUCAGGUGCCGUCAGUCAAGUCAUCUUACCUGCAAACCAAGGUGUUGAGAGUACAAUUUGGCUAUUAGCCAAAGCUUAUGUGGUCGUGAAUGACUCUUGCUAUCAUCAACUUAUGAGCCAUUGGUUAAAUACUCAUGCAGUGAUUGAGCCAUUCAUCAUAGCAACAAACAGGCAGCUUAGUGCGCUACACCCUAUUUAUAAACUUCUGACUCCUCACUAUCGUGACACCAUGAACAUCAAUGCACUUGCAAGGCAAUCUCUAAUUAAUGCUGAUGGCAUAAUAGAGAAAUCUUUUUUGCCCUCAAAAUAUGCUGUGGAGAUGUCUUCAGCGGUUUAUAAGAAUUGGGUUUUCCCUGAUCAAGCACUACCUGCUGAUCUUAUCAAGAGAGGAGUGGCAGUUAAGGAUUCAUCUUGCCCACAUGGACUUCGUCUUUUGAUAGAGGACUACCCUUAUGCUGUUGAUGGACUAGAGAUAUGGAAUGCUAUUAAGACAUGGGUCCAAGAUUAUGUCUCCUUGUAUUAUACAACAGAUAGUGAUGUCAAAAAUGACUGUGAACUACAACUUAUGUGGAAAGAAGCUGUAGAGGUAGGUCAUGGUGAUUUGAAAGAUAAGCCAUGGUGGCCUAAGUUGCAGACAGUUGAAGAGCUUAUUGAAACAUGCACUAUUAUCAUAUGGACUGCUUCAGCUCUCCAUGCAGCUGUUAAUUUUGGACAGUAUCCUUAUGGAGGUUUGAUCCUGAACCGUCCAACUAUUAGUAGAAGAUUGCUUCCUGAGAAAGGAACUGUACAAUAUGAUGAAAUGGUGAAGACCCCACAAAAGGCUUAUUUGAGAACAAUUACACCAAAGUUUCAGACUCUUAUUGACCUUUCAGUGAUAGAGAUCUUGUCAAGGCAUGCUUCUGAUGAGGUUUACCUUGGAGAGAGGGACAAUCCAUAUUGGACCUCCGAUUCAAGGGCAUUACAAGCUUUUCAAAAGUUUGGAAACAAGCUGAAAGAAAUUGAGCAAAAAUUUGCAAAGAAGAACAAUGAUGCGAGUCUCAGCAAUCGACUUGGGCCGGUUGAAUUGCCUUACACUUUGCUUCAUCCUACCAGUAAGGAAGGGUUAACUUGCAGAGGAAUUCCUAAUAGCAUCUCUAUCUAA